GAGAAGUCCAGCGGCCGCACGGCUCACUAUAAACUCACAUCUACAGUAAUGCUGUGGCUCCAGACCACCAAAACCGGCUCCGGCACCAUGAACCUGGGCGGCAGCCUCACCCGACAGAUGGAGAAAGACGAGACGGUCAGCGAAUCCUCUCCUCACAUCGCUAACAUCGGCCGCCUGGUGGAGGACAUGGAGAACAAGAUCCACUCCACUCUCAACGAGAUCUACUUCGGCAAGACCAAGGACAUCGUCAACGGCCUGAGGAGCGUUCAGAUGCUGGCGGAUAAAUCGAAGCAUGAGGCUCUGAAGAACAACCUGAUGCAAGUGCUUAGCCAACGCAGCAAACAGCAAAGCUAGAGACGAUCACCUGCCCGUCUCUCUCUCUCCGUCUGUCUGUCUCACUCUCUCUGUCUCUCCACCUCACGGCUGUCUGUCUGCAUCUGCGCAAAACAAAGGAAAAAAGAGAAAAGGCUACGCUUUUUGUUUUUGUAUUUCGGCUCGUGUUUCACCUCACCCG